CUGUUAAAAUCACGGACUUCAGCAGAGUAAUAAUACACUGGCUAGUCUAAAGAUGGGUAACAGACCUAUCAAAAAACUCCUUAUCACGACCUUGGUAGUGAUUUCUUGCUUUUACAAAAGUGAAUGAUCCCAAACAAAACAACAACAAAUGACAUGUAUUUUUUGUGACUGUUAGCUACUAUCAGGCUUGCAGCAGAAGACAGAAACAUGCAUUUAUGCUCAGCAGAUAAAAAUAUUCCAUGGAAUCAAGUAAAAGCUCUUAUUCAGGGGCGCUGUGAGAACACAGAACCUUUCACGUGUGCAGCAUGUUUAGCUUCAUUUGAAAAUAUAUGCUUGUUGCAUUAUCAUUGCAUUCAGCAUAAUGGAACUGGAUCCUACUCCUUUGAUAGCAAGACGAACACAGCCUUUCCAAGGUAUGAUUACCAUUGCAAAUCAUCCCUAGUGACGGAUGAUGACUUUGACUUAGACAAACAUGGCGACAAUGUAACAAUUCUUUAUGGAAGGCCUGGUAAUUUUGGGUUUAAUGAUGGAAGUAUGAUCGACAAUGAAGAAGAGGAUAAGUUGGAAGAAAAUUGUGCUGAAUGUCCUGAUGAGGAUACAGAUGUUACUAAUAAUAGUCAUCAAAAAGAUGCCAUUGGAACAGUACAGAUAAUAGAUACUGAGGAAAAUAAUGCUAGUACAAACAGUAUUCCUGUUGAAAUAUGUAAUGUUACGAGAACCCCUGAAGGCUGGAUUGUGUUUGAAAUUGCUGAAGACCAGUUGAAUCUUUACAAUGCAACGGCCGACAUUGUAAUGCAGGAAAUUUCAAAACAUGGAGAUGACUGGUUCUUAAAAGCAGCAUCUGGUGUCACUGUCAUUGUUCCAACAUCAGAACCACAGGCCAGUCAGGAAAACAUACUGCCAGUCACUGAGAGCAUUGGUGGUGAACAUUCGGAACCCACAUGUUCUAAUGGAAUGACUGAGCCAAUGCAUUUAAACAAGUGCCUUGAAGAUUGUGCUAGUGGUGAUGAGAAUGAUUGUUUGUCAGACACAAGCAAGACAUCACAUAUAAAGGCAGCUGAGAAUAAAAAUAGGCAAUCUUUUGUUGCAGUUUCUGACAAAGUAAAGGAUAUACCUGAAACAAUUCAUAUAGGAAGUUUAUCAGUAUCGACCAAUGUUAAAUUUGAUAAAAAGACAAAAGAGGAUAGACCAUCAGAUGCUGUUAUCACUUCCUUGGCUUCAAGACGUCCUGUUAGAAACAGGCGAUUGACAGCGAAGUUUAUUGAUAGUGAGUUUGUGCAAGAUUUGCCGCUGUUCACUGGAAGUCAAACUCACGAGCCAAGAAAAUCGGAAACAAGUAUGUUCAGCAAACAGAACAGUGAAAAUGAAACGGAAAGUCAAAAUGGCGAAAACAAUCAAUCUACAUUUGAAACUGGGUUUUUUAAAAAUGAGACUAGCAAUGAAAUGAUCACAGAGACUUCACACUGCAGCAACAACGGCAAUGAUAAAUCAUUUACAGCAGCAGAGGGUACUGGUCUUGACACAAGUAGAACUAAGAAAAGAAUUCAAAAACUGAAAAUCAAGAGUAAAGUAUUGAAUGUAACCAAAUCUAGAAGAACCAAGAGUAAGAAUAAAUCUAUUCUUGGAAGAGAUGGGAAAAAGAAGACCCAUCGAUGUGAAACAUGUGGAAAAGUUGGGUCAAUUCAGAUGGUGCGCUAUCAUGAGCAGGUCCAUUCCGGCAAUGCACAGUUUUGUUGUGAUGUUUGCAACAAACGAUUCUACACUAAAGAAGCACUAAGGUCCCAUAUGAUCCAGCAUGGCGAGCGCAAGUGGAAGUGUCCACACUGUGAUGCAGCGUUCUUCAAGAGGAACUACCUCGAGAACCACGUGCUCAAGCAUACGGGAGAGGACCCUUUCAGGCACCAGUGUGAUUUAUGUGGCGAGAAAUUUAAAGAGAGCUACAUUCUCCGUAGACAUGUGAAAAACUACCACAAUCAGAUAAGAGACUUCCAGUGUCGUAUCUGCAAGAGGAUGUUUUUCCGAGCCGACUCCAGGGACCAGCACGAACAGCGCCAUUACGAGGCCUACUUACAAUGUUCCUAUUGCCCGAAGAAGUUCAAGGCUAAGCUAGAUCUCAGAAAGCAUGAGUUGACACACACAGGUGAUAAACAGUUCUUUUGCCCGAUCUGUAUGCAGGGAUUUGGUCAGAUCUGGCCUUAUUAUAAACACAUGUGGAGAAUACAUAAUGUGCAGAAGGAUAGGGCGAAAGAAAUGAGAAUUAAGAAUCCAGCGAUAGUGAAUAUGAGAAAUAUAAAUGACGAAGAGAGGACUUGUGGUGAAGAAAUUAUCCUCCCGCCAGAAAAUAGAAAGAUCGUGCAAAAUGAGGUGAAAAUGAUUUUCAGGCACAGAAAAAGCGCUGAACAACAACCAGUUGUGGAAAAUGUUAAUCAGAAUAUUAACCAGAAUCAUAGCGUUAUAUAUACAGAUGUCCAUGGAAACAUUCUAGAGGGUGUUACAUUUUCAUCCGAUGUUCAAGAAAGUACUAACAGCAUUAAUGAUAAUGAAAAUUAUGGAAACACUGACAAUACAGAAACUGACGUUACACUAGAUGACACACUUGUGCUUAAUGUUGAAGAAAGGAUGGGGCAAGAUGGAACUAUUGUCAUCAAUACGAACGAUAUACCGGAGGAUGGGGGGAGCUAUAUAAUGUUGGACGAUGGUCAAAUAGUUGGAAGUGUGGUCAUCUGCUCGGACAAUGCUAAUACUGAUUUACAAUACACAUGAUAAGAAAAGUCAUGUUUUGGAUGCUAAUAUAAUGAAAGUCAGUGUCAGAGAACACUCCAGAAUUUGAUUUGAUGAUUAUUUCUUUUGGAUGAAGCAUUUGUGAUUUAUUUUUUUAUUUUUAUAUUUGUGCCCAUAAUAUAUAGGAACUCCUAACCAAAUCAUAGAAGUCUGGAAUUUAAUGGUAUCUUCUUCUCUUGAUAGACAUUGUAAAAUCAUUAAUUUGUAUUGGUAUUGCUUAUUAAUGCUCCAUAUACAAAUCCAAUGUCAAUACAUGAAAUGAGAUGAAUGUCAUGAAGACGUAUGGAUACACAAACUGUUGUUUACUAUUUGAUCAUAGGACAACAAAAUGGCUUGAUCAUUUCUGACACACAACUGCAAGAGCAAAUGACCAAUAUAAAAGGAGAAUCAAGGGUAUUAUUUCCAUUCCUUAACAUGCUUUGUGACAUUAUGCAAUGUUGAUUGUUUUUGUUAGUGGUACAGUUGUGUGUCAGUAUUCAUUGGAUAAAAAACUGUGAUAAUUUAUUAAAAUCAUAGUUCAAAUGUAAAUAAUUGUGUUCAUUUUAUAAAUGUUUUUUUUUUUUGCUGUUAGCCUUUGAUUUGUUAAUUUGAAUAAACUGAUA